UAUAGUUUCUUCGCCUCUCUUCGAAUCUAAUUUCUUCUUCAAAACAAACCAUGCAUAAUCCAUUUUCACCCCCAUCUAAGUAACAUGAAGUAACAUGAAGUUUCGUCAAAGAUAUGCGAUCAAUCCAAGUAUUGGGAAGGUGGAAAAUGCAAUGCAUGCACCUAUCCUAGCUUCUUAUCUUGGAGCGGAAUCUUCAAUGGACUACGAUUUGGGCAGUAUUGGCUUCAUCGAAGAUAACGCUCCUCAUUUCAAAGCCCUCACCGUCUACAUAGAGCAUAGGUUUUAUGGCAAAACAAUGCCAUUUGGGUCAGCGGAAAAAACCCUAAAGAGCGCCAAAACCUUAGGCUACUUAAAUAUUGCCCAAGCCCUAGCGGAUUAUACUCUAAUUCUUCUGCAUAUUAAGGAGUCAUAUUCGGCAAAACACAGUCCGAUAAUAGUUAUUGGUGGAUCCUACGGUGGAAUGUUAGCAGCUUGGUUUAAACUCAAAUACCCACACAUAGCGCUUGGGGCUUUAGCAUCGUCAGCCCCUCUUCUCUAUUUUGAAGAAACAUGUCCAAAACACAGUUACUUCUAUGUAGUAUCCAAAGUCUUCAAAGAAACGAGUCAGAAAUGUCAUGACAAGAUACGUAAAUCUUGGGAUGAAAUAGACAGGAUUGCUGCCAAACCCAACGGUCUGUCAAUCCUCAGCAAGAAUUUCAAGCUUUGUAGUCCUUUGAACGACACUUUUGAACUUAAAAGCUUUUUGAGUUACGUAUACGCCGGGGCAGCUCAAUACAACAAUAAUGUGUAUUCGGUUGCCAGCAUGUGCGAGGCUAUUAACACGAGCCCACCAAACACCCUUCUAGACCAGAUCUUCGCAGGUGUGGUUGCUGUUACGGGAAAAAAACCUUGUUAUGGUUUUGGUCAGCUCACAAACAGUGACAGGGCAUGGGGAUGGCAGGUUUGCAGCGAAAUCGUUAUGCCAAUCGGAUACAACAAAGAAGAUUCUAUGUUUCAAAUGAAAUCAGAUUUCCAUCAUGCAGGUAUGUCGAGUGCAUAGGCAUUCAUAAACAUGACACAUCUGCAGAGAAGAAAACCGGCGGAGAAAACUCCGGCGACCCAAACCGCGGCGGCGGCAGAGAAGAAACCAAAAGCCCGCAAGAAACUCCCCAAGGAGCCAGCCGUCGACGGAGACAAGAAAAUUAAAAAGAGAUCGAAAAAGAACGUGGAGAAUUACAAGAUCUACAUCUCCAAGGUGCUGAAACAAGUCCACCCAGACAUCGGGAUCUCGAGCAAAGCCAUGGCAAUCAUGAACAGUUUCAUCAACGAUAUUUGUCCGUUUGGAUUAAUAACAAUAAUACAAACUAAAAAAUUAAAAACCAUUCUUUUCUCCUCUGCUAAAAUCUUUUUUACCCCGAUCAAAUGACUCAGGGUACUAUGGCGUAUGAUCACAUGAAUAUAGUUAUUAGAACAAAUUAAUAGAACGAAACAAGCUUUAUUGGUUUGAAAUUACAAGAUCGAAUACUUAACGUUAGAAUAAGUUUUUGGUUUUUAAUAGAUUCAAAUUUGAAUAAGUCUUGUA